GCGUCCAUCCACAACACUUCUCCACCGAUCAGAUCUUCAGCCAUUCGCCUCCACCUCGUCAACCUCCGCCACUCAAAUCAAAAUCGGAUUUUCCGGCGGCGAGAUGGCAGCGGCGCCUUCUACCGGCGGCGGAUCAUCCAAUACCGCAGCAUCCGAUAACGACGGCGGCGAGUUCGUUCGCCGCAGCCGAAUUCUCUCCAGCAAGCUCUACUUCGAUGUGCCUGCUUCUAAGGUUCCGGUAAUUUAUUCGUCUUCGUACGAUAUCGCCUUUCUCGGCAUGGAAAAGUUGCACCCUUUUGAUUCAUCUAAAUGGGGUCGCAUAUGUCGGUUUCUGAUAGCAGAGGGCCUUCUGGACAAGAAGCACAUAGUUGAGCCUUUGGAGGCUAAGCGGGAAGAUCUUCUAGUGCUGCAUCCAGAAUCAUACUUGGAUAGUUUAAAAAGCAGCUUAAAUGUGGCAACAAUAAUUGAGAUUCCGCCAGUUUCAUUAGUGCCAAACUGUCUUGUGGACAAGAACGUCCUUCACCCCUUCCGCAAACAGGUUGGGGGAACUAUUUUGUCUGCUAAGCUUGCGAAAGAACGAGGAUGGGCUAUCAAUGUCGGUGGUGGGUUCCAUCACUGUUCAGCAGCAAACGGAGGUGGAUUUUGUGCUUAUGCUGAUAUUUCUCUUUGUAUCCAGUUUGCUUUCAUCCGUUUAGAUAUUUCCAGGGUGAUGAUAAUUGAUCUUGAUGCGCACCAAGGAAAUGGCCACGAAAAAGAUUUUUCUAACGAUAGAAGAGUCUAUAUCCUUGAUAUGUACAAUCCAGAUAUAUAUCCGUUGGAUUAUGAAGCUAGGAGAUUUAUCACUCAGAAAGUUGAAGUACCGUGUGGAACAAAUACUGACGAAUAUUUGUCAAAACUCGACGGGGCACUCAAGGUUGCUGCUGGCGCUUUUGACCCUGAAUUGAUCAUCUACAAUGCCGGAACUGAUAUCCUUGAUGGAGAUCCUUUGGGCAAGUUGAAGAUCAGCCCUGAAGGAAUUACCGCGAGAGAUGAAAAGAUUUUCACAUUUGCUCGUGAGAGGGGUGUUCCUCUACUAAUGCUCACAUCAGGUGGUUACAUGAAAUCUAGUGCUAGAGUGAUUGCAGAUUCAAUCAUAAAUUUGUCGAAGAAAUCACUGAUAACCAUCGGGAAUGAUCAAAACAUCACAACCACAUGAAACUCUCCUCCGAGACGUCUUGUUUUGUGCCUACAGAAGUGGUAUUACACCUCUGCUCGUGUUUCCUGAAAUUCGACUCCUGAGCAAACCGAGCUGAAACAAACCGGGCUCGAUGAGGUGUGUUGCGUUCACCAGGUGAUUCGCGGUGCAAGUAAUAGGUAUACUUGUUUUGUCGACAAGAUUUUUGAUUUCCAGUGUCAGUGCUUGAAGUAGGAUUGAAUAUGUUUUAGCUGAAUUUGAACUAUAAUUAACAAAUUCAAAUUAAAAUGUUAACUAAGGAUUUAAUAA